AUGCCGGAUGAGCUUGUGUCUGUGGAGAGUCGGGCCAGGGCCAUUGCCGCCCUGAAGGACUUCUCACGCGCGGAUGUGGGACAGGUGAAGGCCGAAUCAAAGGCGGUGAAGGUGGCAGACAAAAGAAAAGACGGCAAGGACGACUGGUCCUACGAGGUCAGCGCACCUCCUGUGGCUACGGGCCAAAGUCGCCAUGAUCCGCCGGAUGACUCGAUCCUUCUCCCGUGCCAGGGAUCCCACGUGGAGGGAGCCUCCUGUUCGCACCUGGAGGAGGCAGACUGCAACAAGCGUUUCGUGACGGUGGGAGUGCGCACAAUGCAAUGUGCAUGGCUGGACGGAAGAUGCCUGACCAUGGGCUCCGACUGCAUGACU